UCUUGCGGCAAAGGCACUUCGGAGCGGAGUUGGGCCCGGGGCGGAGCGGGGACUCCGCGCCCCCGGGGAACAAACGCCGCCGCUGGACCGUCGCCAGCGCCGCAUCCCUGCAGCCGGUCUCUGCCUCCCGUCGGGGACCGCGGAUCUCUCCUGCCGCGUCGGGGUCGCCCUCGGCUGUCCACUCUGCCACCAUGAGAAACAUCUUCAAGAGGAACCAGGAGCCCAUUGUGGCUCCUGCCACCGCCACCAGCGCCACGAUGUCGAUGCCUGUCAGACCUGCCGACAACUCCACAGAGGGUACGGGCACUGGAGAGAGCCAAGAAGACAUGUUCGCCAAGCUGAAGGAGAAAUUCUUCAAUGAGAUCAACAAGAUCCCCCUGCCGCCCUGGGCUCUGAUCGCCAUGGCCGUGGUCGCUGGUCUCCUGCUGCUCACCUGCUGCUUCUGCAUCUGUAAGAAGUGCUGCUGUAAGAAGAAGAAGAACAAGAAGGAGAAGGGCAAGGGCAUGAAGAACGCCAUGAACAUGAAGGACAUGAAGGGGGGCCAGGAUGACGACGAUGCAGAGACAGGCCUGACCGAAGGAGAAGGUGAAGGCGAGGAGGAGAAGGAGCCAGAGAACCUGGGCAAAUUGCAGUUUUCUCUGGACUAUGAUUUCCAAGCCAACCAGCUCACCGUGGGUGUCCUGCAAGCUGCUGAACUCCCUGCCCUGGACAUGGGUGGCACUUCAGACCCGUACGUCAAAGUUUUCCUGCUCCCAGACAAGAAGAAGAAAUACGAGACCAAGGUGCACCGCAAGACACUGAACCCCGCCUUCAACGAGACCUUCACUUUCAAGGUGCCAUACCAGGAGUUAGGAGGCAAGACCCUGGUGAUGGCCAUCUAUGACUUUGAUCGCUUCUCUAAGCAUGACAUUAUUGGAGAGGUGAAGGUACCCAUGAACACUGUGGACCUUGGCCAGCCCAUCGAGGAGUGGAGGGACCUACAAGGCGGGGAGAAGGAGGAGCCAGAGAAGCUGGGUGACAUCUGUACCUCCUUGCGCUACGUGCCCACUGCCGGGAAGCUCACCGUCUGUAUCCUGGAGGCCAAGAACCUCAAGAAGAUGGACGUGGGGGGCCUUUCAGACCCCUACGUGAAGAUCCACCUGAUGCAGAAUGGCAAGAGGCUCAAGAAGAAGAAGACGACCGUGAAGAAGAAGACCCUGAACCCCUACUUCAACGAGUCCUUCAGCUUCGAGAUCCCCUUUGAGCAGAUUCAGAAAGUCCAGGUGGUUGUCACUGUGCUGGACUAUGACAAGCUGGGCAAGAAUGAAGCCAUCGGCAAGAUCUUCGUGGGUAGCAACGCCACAGGCACUGAGCUGCGGCACUGGUCUGACAUGCUGGCCAACCCCCGGAGGCCCAUCGCCCAGUGGCACUCUCUAAAGCCAGAGGAGGAGGUGGACGCACUCCUGGGCAAGAACAAGUAGGCCACAGGGGCUGGGGCCGCAUGCCCCCCGAGGACACUGACAAGAUCCAGAGCUAUCAAUACCUCAGUUAUGCGACCUUAGAGGUUUCUUCAUUUGUUUGCGGUGUGUCCUGUUUUUCCUUCCUUUUUCUCUUUUUAAAGACCAACUUCCUUUUGGUGGCUGCGUGAAGGGAGUCCCCUAGGAGGUGGAAGAGAAGCCUGGCUCUGUUUAUUGUCCCAGGAGCUGUCCUUGUGCAUGCCCCGUCCCCUCCCUCACAGGUUCACACAGGUCUCGCCCCCCAGUGAGGCCCUCUCUACUGGCGGAAAGUCGAAGCAGUUCCUGCUGUUCCUGGGUUUUGGACCAACAAAAUGGUAGCACAUACUGUUUCUCAGUGUCAAGGCAACACAAUGGCCAACGUUGUGUGUGUGUGUGUGUGUGUGUGUGUGUGUGUGUGUGUGUGUGUGUGUGGUGUGUCCGUCCUUCCAUCCAUCCGUCCAUCCCUGCCUGCCUCUGUCUUUGAGUCCUUCUCUUCAGUUCUGGAAUGAGCCUCGGACAAUGAAGCUGUGUGAAAGGAGAAAUCCUUCUUCAGGGACUCCACGAUGAAGAAAGCCCGCUGCCUAAGUGGGAGGCCUGUCAGCGUGUGAAGAAGGCCCAAAGCCCUGGUCAGAUGCCAGAAGCUCUCAGAGUCCUGGUGAAGGGCCAUUUGGAAGGCGGCACGAUGUGGUACUGGAUGUGUUCAGCACUAGGACCAAAGCCCUUCAUGCCAUCAGAGACUUCCCCCGUCAGUCAUGGCUUCCCCCAGGAGUGUGGUUUGGGGGACAUUCAUGGAAACAAACUAUUCACUGGAUUGGUUGGACUCUACCAGGGACUGCCCGCCCCAGGAAUGCAUUCUUGUUGACAGCAUCCAACGAUGAAGAAGCAGGAGUCCCAUUACCCAGAAAGCCUAGAACGGAGCUCCUGGAUCUUUGCCUCCUCCAGUGGGAGGCAGACGCUUCCUCCCUCUGCGGAGUGCAAGGGUACCGCGUCAUUUACAUUCACGCACUGUCUUGCUUUUGCUUCUGUUUCUCUUUAUGUGUAAGUGGAGAAAUCCUGUCUUGAAGCCAAGCACUCUGCACAGAGCCAGAGACCUGGGAGAGGAAGCCUUGAGUGGUUAGGCCCCUUGAGGUCCAGGUAAGGAGGAGAUGGCAAGGAGGGGAAGCGUGGACGGCUAGUGAGGAGCUCGCAACUCCUAUUCCUGACGCCCUGGGCCCAGGGGCCUCCUCCGUGAUGGCAGCUGGAGGGACCCAGGCAGAACUGUGGCUGGGCCCCAUCCUUCCAUUCCCUAGAGGCACUUUUCUCUGAAUGUCAGGAAACAGGGCAUUCAUUUCCAAUGAGUGCUGGAGGGAACCUGCUAAGGUUUCUACCCUGUGUUCAGCGUACCCUUCCCGAUCCCUAACUUGUCCCCAGUAUUGAUAAAAAGCCAUAUAUAUGUUCGUCAGGCUGGCACUGAGUAGCCUUCCAAACCUUCAGCCUGGGUAGGGAGUUAGCCCCCACGUAGCCAGAGGCUCCUCCUUUCCCGGCUUGCUUCCCUUGAACCUCUCAGGCCCUGUUUGCUUCCCACAGAGAAUACACAGCUUCCAGGAAGCCUGGGGGAGGCCACUCUUCAGUAGCAAAUGUGGCAGGACUUGGCUCUGCCCAUCCCGUCCUUUCCGCCUCUCUUAGGUCUGAUGGAUGGUGUGGUAGUUUGGAGAGCCCAGCAUGAAGAAGGUGUCUCUUAAUUUUAAUGAAAAUGGGAGAUAUGUGGGUUUGCUUUGCUUUGGGGUCUAAGUAGGGAGUGAGUUAACACCUCUACCAGAAACAGACUGUGAAGUGAGGUUUGGCCUGCCUAUCUUAGGCCCUUGGUACAUGGGAAGUUCUGUACUCUAUACACUCUCUCUGUGUGUGUAUCCUAAACACAGAAGGGCAGAGGACUCUCACAGGAUUAUGGGCUGUAGUCCUUGGGACCAGAGGUAUGGUCAUGAUAGAAAAUUGUAGGACAAUAGGGUACACUCAGAGUCCAGGUGCUUGAAGAGUACCGGGGUCCUGAUUUGGACAUUGGAAGUGUUUUCUCUCCCCAGAGCUGUGGAACUUUGGUGCUUUCCCAGGUCCCUCCCUGCACUGGCUCUUCUCGCCCCCGCAUUCCAUAAACCUCAUUCACAGGAACUCCCUUGCCUUUUCUUCCUGCAUUCUUCCAGCCCUCCCAAUCCACCUUUUAACUCCUUGGCUUCUCUCUUGUGAACCUCCUUCAUAGUCCAUAGUCCUACCGCACUGCUCACCGAGGAGGAAGGAACGGUCCCUGUGGCUUUAGUGUCCCCGGCCUUACAGACGGGCUGCAGCUCAUUUCUGUGGGCAGCCCCUGGGGCUUCUUGACUCUGAUCACUAGUUUGGAGCCAGCAUGGAUUGCCGGGAGUGGUUCCUCCCCAGGCCUAGGGCUGGUCCCUUACUAGCCACCCAAGCAGAUGGCACCUGUCCAAGUGCAGGAGCCAGGCAGGAACAUGUUGAGGCUUCAGUGUUCCUGCACCAAGGGGCUGAUGUGACCCGAACUCCAGCAUAGCAUUCCAAACCUUCACUGCCACGGGGGUUUACUUCUGGAAUGCCAGGGUGCUGGGGCAUCAGCAUUAAGUCCAGAUAGUCAAUGUUUCUGGGCUGGUGAGGGAUUCUGGGUACUUCUGGGGCUGGAAGUUUUCAACCCAAAGAGAGGAAAGUACUUUUAGAGUUGGUUUUUCUCCCCAAAAGAGAGCUUAAGACCAUGAAAACCCAAACCCAAUCCUACUCAGAAUCUGGGGGUGCAUGUCCUCCCUGGAUGACUCUCCCAGAACAGGAGUAAGCUCUGGGGUGCUGUGGGCAGCUCCAAACAGCAGGCGCUUGGGUUGAGGAGUAAGGGUGAGGCCCAGCCAGAGACCCCGAUCUUCUUUCUCCCCAGGAAGCCAACAGAGAUUAUGUCUCUGCAGAAGUGUUCUGGGACAUUUUGCUGGCCCGCGGUUCAGUGAGGAAGGUGGGAGGGUUUUACUAGAGGCUUCUUCGUAAAAGUAGCUUUAUAAACAUGCCUCCAUUCUACUCGGAAGGGUGUGUGUGUGGGGUGAUAGCGAAGAAGAAGAAGAAAUCCCUGCCCCUUUGAUGUCAUAUGUCAGUUCUUAAGAAUCCCGGGUCCCCCAACUCCGUAGGAGAGCCCAUCUUUGAGGGCGGACACAGCGGCAGUCUCCCCCAAGUUAGGAAGACUGGACUCCCCCCCCCUCCAUCCUCUGCACGCCUCCUGCUCUGCCUUGCCCCCACCGCAGGCUGGUUGGGGUCUUUGUCAGAGCCAUGGGUAGCAGCAGGUGGCCCAGAGCCCCAUAAUGGCUGCCAGAUUUGGCAAAUACAAAUACAGGAGGCUUGGUUAAACUUGAAUUUCAGAUAAACAAAUAAUUUUGAAGUAUGUCCUAUGCAAUAUUUGGGACACACUCUACUAUAGAGUGAUUCAUUGUUUAAUGUGAAAUUUAAACUUAAUUGGCUUGUCCUGUAUUAUGUUUGGCGCUGUACCCUCCGGCCAGUCCAUCCCUCUUUUUCUUCAGUCCCGGGGGCUAGAGGUUGGUUACCACAGAUUGGAUUUAACCUGUUUUUUGAACUGCAAUAUUGAAAAGGGGACACUGUGACUUGAAGCUAUAUGAAUAUACUUUAUUUUUUAAGCAACAACAAAACAGGAAACUUCUGAAGCCAUUGAGCCUCAUCUGACCCCUCCAUGUGCAUUUAGUUAUAUAUUAUAAAAGAAGAUGCUAUCUAUAAACCUAUGAGCAGAAUCUUGUUUAAUCAAGAUGCAUGUCUACAAUUCUGUAAAUAGCCGCAUGGCAAUGCUGAGCGUCCCCUUGAUCUCCCAACCCCAAACCUGUUUUACAGAACUGGCUGCUCCUUGAUUUUAUGUUGUGUAAAGUCUUUGUCCUCAGUCCCACCCUACGUCCGCUACAGGGAAUGUCCAAAAUGGGAGACAACGCUCUGGCCCCGGUGCCAGCCUUGCCCGGGGAAGACGCUGGAGGACACUCGCCCCGAGGCAGGCCUGCUACACGUCUGUCUGCAAGGCUCACCCUUGGGGCACAGUGCACUGUGUAUGGCCUGUGUCCGGUGUCCUGUUGCUUUUAUGUUCCAUGUGUGUGGCGUGGUUCCUUUCUCCCCACUGUCUUGAAUAAACUGAAAAGCCAUAAAGGGGCCUCCUGCUGGAGGCUGCCCCUGACUCCUCCCAGGAGAACCCCCGUCCCUCCAACUGGCUCCCCACAGAAAACUUGUGAAGGGCUCACCUGUCCGUUACCCUCUCUUGCUCCUUUAGCUCGGUGUCGUGAGGACAGAUGGUGUUUCAGGGCUUCUGGUGGGGUCCCAGGAGAUGCCCCUGGCUGCCUUUCUCGGCUUAGGUCUGAUGGUGGGACUCAACUCAAGCCUGGGUAGAGGCAGGGCAGCGGUGUGACUCUGUGGCUUAGAUACCAUCUUCUGAGGAGCAGUCAGAAGCCUAGCCUGUAGUCCGGGGUGAACAAGGCUAGCCCAGCCUACUUCUUCCUGAGCUGUCAGGGCCCCCAGAGAGCAGUGGAGGAGCGACCCGUGGGGAACACCGAGGGCUGCCGUGGGUUAGACUUUCCGCCCGCACCUCCUCUUUGGUCUGGCAGUGCCACAGGAGCAGGGUGGCCCUGCGAGCAAGGUGGCAGGUGUGGUGAUGAGGGGUGACUCGGAACAGGGAACCCUAGGCUCUGACCCUCACAUUGGCUCCCAGGGCAGCCUGAGCAGGCAUGCAAGUGGUAACCGUAUGGGUAGAGAGAACAGGAGGAGCACGGGCACCCACAGGGCUCCCCAGGAGGGCAGUCACAGGUUACUAAUCCAGGGGACCUCGGGCAGAGUUGGGCAAGUGUACUGGGCAAAGCCAGAGGCAACAAGGGGACUCGGCCAUUUCCAAACCAUGCUGCUUGAGCACGUGCAAGUCCCAGGGGCCUUUGGUCUACUGGCAUGAAGGACAGGGCAACAGGAGCGACCAUUUCAGUGCAGACUGGGGUUGGCUGGAGUGUCCCCCCGCCCCCCCCCACUCUCCACAGAAACAGAAACUGGGAACAGCGGCAGGAGAGUUUGGCAAGGUGGUGGGAGCAGUGUGAGGGGCCUCAGUUUCACCCCAGCUUUCCUCAGCAGCCAGGAGUUUAGGGAAAUGACCUGGAAGUCUGACCACCCUUCCUGACUCCUGUUCAUCUAAGGACUUGAUCAGCUUUCUGAAAACCCUGGGCCCGGGAACUUUCAAAACCGGGGCUGGGGCAGAACCUAGGUGUGCCCACGCCCCCUCUCCCCCUGGAAUGCACUGGCCCCACCAGGAGCCCUCCCUGUCUUCAUAAGAAGGCCACGUGUAGCCCUGCCCUCCCCCACCCUGCUUGGCAGUGCUCUCUCCAUCCCUGUGUGGACUCUGUUCUUGUCUGAUCUCUCGUCACAUUGUUAUUUUGUAACGAGCUGCGUCUCCUUAUUAAAGAAACGAGCUGAAAGCAA